ACGGAUACAGCUGUUUAAACAGAGUGCCCAACAGGGAGUCGACAAUUUCAUAUUUCCUAUUCCGGACUGCGAUACCAUUGAACGAUUAGAGGCAUCGGUGAGGAUGUUUCCCAAUGUCAGGAAACAAUACGUUGAACAUCUUAGACGUGUCAAAGAUCAAGCCAAAGACGUGGCGAAGGUCUUUCCGGUUUUGUUCUCGGAUGCUGCGCUCGAAAUGUACAACUAUAAUGGAACAGGUCGAAAGGAGCGAAGACCUAUGAAAGACUACCAUAUUUUUCAUGAUUGUAUGCUAGAAGCGUGGUCAGAAAGCGGAGUAAACGAAACCAGUUUGCAAGAAAACAUUAACAUCGUUAUUAAGCGAGCUGACGGUAGAAAACGUGCCAAACUGUUUAAUUUCCGACGUCGGAUAUUUCAAAACGUGGGCACAAUUUUCUCUAACUUUCCUGAUAUACAGUCAUAAUGCUAGUGGCUCAACAUAUGGUCAUAACGU